UUGAGUUAAGGUUAGUGGGAGCUGUUGUAAGAGCUGGUCUGAGUGACGUUAUUAUUGAUAACCCAGCGUGUGGUAGUCCAGUAACCGAACAACAAGCCAGAUCAGAUGCCUGGAUUGAUUUCAUGUGUGAUCCACCCAGAUUCUCGCGGUAUGUCAGUGUCGACAUUCCCGGUACCGAAACCCUGACAUUGGCUGAGGUACGAGUACUGCCCUCCGAAGUAUCCACGUGUAUGGGAAUAGAUUUUACACUUGUGACUAACAUUCCUCUGAUUGGUCAGACUGAAGACAAUGAAGCAGCCAUUACAGCAUACAAAGGAUGCAGUGACUUGACGGCUAGUGCUUCAUUUGGCAGACAAUUGAUAACAGGAGGAACUAAUACUGGACUUCCUGCAGGAUCCAGUCAAGUAGAUGAUCCUAAACUGGGCCGAGCAGCAAAGUCUCUGACAUUACCCCAGGAUGGUGGGAUAGACAGGGUCGGUGUCUUCUACUCAGAGGUGUCUAAAGGUGGAAGGAGCACCACCAGGAUACAGACUAUACUGUUACCUAAGAAUGACGGCGAUGUUUAUAUUCUUCCUGAGCAGCGAACACUGACAGUAAAUGAAGGCGAGUUGGUCACAUUAACAAUGGUAUCAUAUAACGCACAGACCAAUAUAAACGUCAGAUGGAAGCAUCAUGGAGAUGCAAUAGAUAGAUGGAACAAUCAGCUCACUGUGUCUAUUCCAAGUGUUGUCCAAUCAGAUGAAGGGAUAUAUAGCUGCUUCGUGGACGGCCAAGAAGAUCAACAACGUCACGGCAUAAUGAGACUCAUAGUGCGAGGUUGCCCAUCUGGAAUGUGGGGUCCGAUGUGCUUGGGUGCAUGUCAUCGAUGCUACAAUGGAGGUAUAUGUGAUGAUCGGAUAGGAACCUGUAUCUGUGCUCCGGGUUUCAGCGGAGAUAACUGCGAAAAAGUUUAUGGUCGUCAUGUGUUUGGUAAAGACGCUCAAUACGGCUGUUCUGAUAGUCAUGAUCCACACCACAACGCCUGCCAGGGUCAUUUAUUCUGUCUUCCUGAUCCUUAUGGAUGCUCGUGUGCUGCCGGCUACAUGGGACUGGACUGUAUGCAAGAAUGCGAAGAUGGGAAGUAUGGUGCAGACUGUAAGCAAACAUGCCAUUGUCAAGACCAAGGGGCGUGUCUGAAGGAUACCGGAGAGUGCAACAACGGAGGAGGUGGAGGUGAAGAAAAAUUAACAGAACAUUCCAAAAGUUUGAAUCUUUAUAGUUGA